AAGAAAAUUUUAACAUUAGUAUUGCGCAUACUCGUAUUGAAACACAGUAUAACACAAGUACUCAUCUGAAAACAUCGCCUGUUUGUUGGAAAAUUGUGUCACAGUGGAAAAUCUAAUCCUCUUCUAAUAUUUCCAUUCAGUUUGAUCCAUUAAAAUAGAUAAUUAUUUGUAAAAAAAUUUCUUUUGAGAUAUAUUGUCACAUGUUUUCAAACAACAUAAUUGCAAACUGAGGGGAAUGUCAGGAGAUAAAUUUCAAUUUGCUAUUGAUAGAGGAGGAACGUUUACAGACGUUUAUGCGAGAUGCCCUGGCGGAAAAGUUCGAGUUAUGAAAUUACUGUCUGUUGAUCCCUUAAAUUAUUCAGAUGCCCCACGAGAAGGAAUUCGCAGAAUUCUCGAACAGGAAACUGGAACCCAAAUGCCAUAUGAGGUAGACACGUCAAAAAUCGAAUGGAUUAGAAUGGGAACAACAGUAGCCACGAAUGCAUUGCUAGAAAGGAAAGGAGCAAAAAUGGCUCUAUUAAUAAACGAAGGAUUAAAAGAUCUACUCUAUAUAGGAAAUCAAGCUCGGCCAAAUCUGUUCGAUCUAAAAAUUGUUACAGAAGAAGUAUUAUAUUCAAAAAUAGUUGAAGUUAAAUGUAAAGUAGUCCCUGCAAUGUCGAAGCGAUGCCAAUUAAAUAGAGAUAAUUGGAGGAAUGUUAAAGGUUGCACUGGGGAGGAUUUGCUUGUUAUUCAAGAGCUUGAUGAGGAAACUCUAAGGAGAGAUUUACUGUCUUUGAAGAAAAUAGGAAUAGAAAGUUUGGCGGUAGUUCUAAUGCACAGUUACACAUUUGCAGAACAUGAAAUUAAGGUUGGCCAAUUAGCAAGAGAAAUAGGAUUUCCACAAGUCUCUCUAUCUCAUGAAGUAAUGCCAAUGACAAGAAUUGUUCCUCGAGGCUUUACAACAUGUGCGGAUGCCUAUUUAACACCGCACAUAAAAAAUUAUCUUGAGGGUUUUUCCUCUGGCUUUAAGGAAAAUUUAAAGGGUGUAAAUGUUUUGUUUAUGCAAAGUGACGGUGGAUUGACACCUAUGGAAUCGUUUAUUGGAUCAAGAGCGAUUCUCUCUGGUCCGGCUGGCGGUGUUGUUGGUUAUGCCAUGACAACUUUUAAUAAAGAGACAAAUUUACCUGUUAUUGGAUUUGAUAUGGGUGGAACUUCAACUGAUGUAAGUCGGUAUGGUGGAUCCUAUGAGCACGUUUAUGAAUGUACAACUGCUGGAAUCACUAUUCAAGCUGCUCAGUUGGAUAUUAAUACAGUAGCAGCAGGCGGUGGAUCGAUGCUUUUCUUCAGAUCAGGACUAUUUGAAGUGGGGCCUGAAAGUGCUGGAGCUCAUCCAGGACCAACCUGCUAUAAGAAAGAUGGUCCUCUCACUGUAACUGAUGCUAAUUUAGCACUUGGUAGACUUCUUCCGGAAUAUUUUCCAAAAAUUUUUGGACCUAAAGAGAACGAACCAUUAGAUAGCGCUCGAACUAUAGAAGCCUUCAAGAAAUUAACAAAUGAGAUAAAUGAUUUUUUAAUAAAAGAAAAAAUAAGGAGUGAGGCAGAGAAGAUGAGUAUCGAAGAGGUAGCAAUGGGAUUUAUAAAAGUAGCAAAUGAAACCAUGUGUCGUCCAAUUAGAUCUCUUACCCAGGGCAAAGGAUACGAUACAUCUCAACAUGUUUUGGCUUGCUUUGGUGGUGCUGGAGGGCAACAUGCUUGUGCAAUUGCUCGAUCAUUAGGGAUGAAAUCUGUAUUUGUGCACAAGUAUGCUGGGAUCUUAUCUGCAUAUGGAAUGGCACUUGCUGAUGUUGUAGAAGAGUCUCAAGAACCAAGUAUAGAAACUUAUGAGAAAGAUUCAUUUGGACGCUUAGAAAAUCGAUUCAAUGCCUUAGAACAAAUUGUAAGAUCCAAGUUACAGCAACAAGGAUUUUUAGAUAAUCAAAUAAAAAUAGAAUAUUUUCUACAUAUGCGUUAUGAAGGUACUGAUUGUGCUCUAAUGGUCACUCCUAAAACAAAAUCAUUGGAAGACAAUCCCAAGCACGGUGAUUUCUUAACAACAUUUUUAGAAAGGUAUCAAACCGAAUUUGGAUUCACAAUGCCAAACAGAAAAAUUUUUAUCAACGACAUUCGAGUUCGAGGAAUAGGGAAAUCAGACGUAAUUGAAGAUCCAAUUCUUCCCAAAUCAAAAGAACCGCUAAAAGUCGAAAAGGUGACAAAAACAUUCUUUGAGGAUGGCUAUCAAGAUACGAGGGUGUAUAAAUUAGACAGCUUAUCAGCUGGACAUGAGAUAUUUGGUCCAGCCAUUAUUAUGGAUAGUCUGAGUACUUUGUUAAUCGAGCCAAAUUGCUCAGCGUUAAUUACAAGCCGAGGGGACGUCAAAAUCACAAUUGGUGAUGAUGUUGAGACAAAAGUCACCACAGAAUUAGACGCCAUACAACUCAGUAUUUUUUCUCAUCGAUUUAUGAGUAUUGCAGAACAAAUGGGAAGAAUUUUGCAAAGAACGUCAAUAUCAACGAAUAUAAAAGAACGCUUGGAUUUCUCUUGUGCAAUUUUCGGACCAGACGGGGGUUUAGUGUCAAAUGCUCCUCAUAUACCUGUCCACUUGGGUGCAAUGCAGGAAACAGUUCAAUAUCAAAUAAAAUACUUCAAUGGGGUCUUUAACCAAGGAGACGUGAUUCUGGCAAAUCAUCCAUCAGCUGGAGGAUCACAUCUACCAGAUCUAACUGUGAUUACUCCGGUAUUUUAUAGAAGCGUACCAAAUCCAGUAUUUUUCGUGGCUAGUAGAGGUCAUCAUGCGGAUAUUGGUGGUAUCACUCCCGGAUCAAUGCCACCCCAUUCUACUAAACUAGAACAGGAAGGUGCGGCAUUUAAGAGUUUUCUUCUAGUUCAUAAUGGCGUUUUUCAAGAAGCAAAUUUAAUAGAAGCUCUGAUGGCACCAGGAAAGAUUCCCGGCAGUUCCGGUACUAGGAAUCUUUCAGACAAUCUUAGUGACCUAAAGGCCCAAAUCGCUGCUAACCAAAAAGGAUCGCAUUUGGUAAUUGAGCUAAUAGAUAUCUAUGGACUAGAAGUAGUACAAGCCUACAUGGGUCAUAUUCAACACAACGCUGAAGUUGCUGUGAGAGAAAUGUUAAAAUAUAUAGGCAAACAAAUUUACGAAUCAACUGGAUCUACAAAAGUCAAUGCCAUUGAUUACCUUGACGAUGGGAGUGCAAUAAAAAUGUGUCUGGAUAUUGAUAUUCAUAAUGGAGAAGCUGUCUGUGAUUUUACAGGUACUGGUUGUGAAGUCUGGGGAAAUUGGAAUGCUCCACGUGCCAUCACAAUUUCAGCUCUGAUUUAUUGCCUGCGUUGCAUUGUAGGAAGGGACAUUCCGUUAAAUCAGGGUUGUUUAAAACCAGUCAAAAUAAUUAUACCCAGAGGUUCAUUACUGGAUCCAUCUGAUGAAGCUGCUGUUGUUGGGGGAAACGUUUUAACUUCUCAGCGAAUUGUUGAUGUUGUUCUUCAGGGUUUUGGAGUUUGUGCAGCUUCUCAAGGUUGCAUGAAUAAUAUAACCCUGGGUACUGAAGAGUGGGGUUACUACGAAACAGUUGCAGGAGGAAGCGGAGCAGGACCAACAUGGAAUGGACGUAGUGGUGUUCACACUCACAUGACCAAUACUAGAAUCACAGAUCCUGAAAUUCUCGAAAUACGUUAUCCGAUUAUAUUAACGAAAUUUUCUCUCCGAAGUGGAAGUGGUGGACGAGGAGCUUUUCACGGAGGGGAUGGUGUUAUUCGACAAUUAAUGUUUAGAGCUCCUAUGACUCUUUCUGUUUUAACCGAAAGAAGAGUAUUUAAUCCCCCUGGUUCUAAUGGAGGAUUAUCUGGUGCUCGUGGAAAAAAUACAUUAAUCAAAGCAAAUGGACGAAUUAUUAAUUUAGGUGCAAAAACUGCUGUCCCUGUCACAAAUGGAGAUAUUUUCAUUCUUGAAACUCCAGGAGGCGGUGGCUACGGUUUUGUGGGACAGAAUAUUCAACACUCUGAAGAAACACAGAAAAGCUUUCUUCAAAGAGGUAGCGUUUACGAGUACAAAAAAGCGCAGGAAUCAGUUUAACAUGGAAUUUUACACUUGAUGAGAGAAAGAAAUUCUAGAAAAUUUAUCAAGUAGAAAUUUAAUAAAAAUUAUUUUAAAAUA